GACGCAAGGUUCCAUACAAUCGGAUACAAUCCACAGGCGCCUGACGCGGAUACAUUGUAGCGGCCACGGCGUGCAACUCCCGACACGUAAAACUGCAAAGCGGCUUUCUGAGAUUGUCACACUGGAAACAAAAUAAAAAGCAUCCCCCCCUCCCUUCCACCACUCCGAGCUCAGUUGUGGAAUGUCCCUCUCCUGCCAGCCGAGUCAUUGCGGAGAUGUGGCUGUUGUUGCUCUGAGGAGCAGGGCUUCAGUGCGCGCCUUGUCCGCAGUGCCGCGAGAGCUCCGUCUUUUCUCCUCUUGUCAUCGCCGAUAAAAUGCAUGUCUCAUUGGCUGAGGCCCUGGAGGUUCGGGGAGGACCACUAGAGGAAGAGGAGAUCUGGGCUGUUUUAAGUCAGAGCGCAGAAUGCCUGCAAGAUCUGUUCCAUAAAGCUGACCCUAUUGCUCUAGGCUUUAUCAUCAGUCCGUGGUCUCUUUUGCUGUUACCUUCUGGCAAUAUUUCUUACACUGAUGAGAAUGUUUCCAAUCAGGACCUGCGUGCGUUUACAGCCCCAGAGGUUUUGCAGAGUCGACCUUUGUCCUGUCUCUCUGAUGUUGAAAAGAUGCACGUGUAUUCUCUUGGUAUGACUUUGUAUUGGGGAGCUGAUUAUAAAAUACCUCUGGACCAGCCAAUCAAACUUGGGGAUCACCUGAAUAGCAUAUUGCUGAAUAUGUGUGAAGAUCUGAUGUACACACGAGUGACUAUAAGGACUAUUCUAGAUGGUUGCAGUGCUCAUAUUCGGAACAGUAACUGUGCACCAGCUUUCUCAUACAUUAAACAGCUGGUUAAACUUGUCUUGGGUAGUCUAACAACUCUGAAUCAGCUGUCCUUAAAUACAAUCAGCAAGCCAGAUCGUAACCAGGAAAUUCGUGAUCGACUGAGAGGCAAGGGCCUUCCAAUAGAAAACAGUAAGAAAGAAGCUCCCAAGGGAACAGAGAAGUACAAAGCGCAAUUCUGUGAGCGGGUCUCGCUGAAUCGAGGACUUAGUAAAUCUAUGGGCUUCUUGGCGAUUACCGAUAAGAAAUCCCAUAUGGCGUCUUGCCACACAGCCUCUGGACAAGAAGAUACAGUAGAAGUAUACAACAAGCCUCGAUCUAGAAAUUGUUUUGAUAGAAAGCAGAAUACCAUUGGAGAUUCUGGACAUUGGAAACUCUGGACCUCAACAGUUGAUUUGGAUUUUGAUGGUAGUAAAGUUAUAUCAUCUGGGGAUAAUACUCAUUGGAGAAGCCUUUCUCCACAGGGAAAAGGCAGACAGAUUAAGAGCAUCACCCAAGCCAGAGAGCCAAAGUACAGAGACUUUGGGCACGUGCCAAUUACAUUAGGUUUUCAGAACCCUCCUCAGGCAUCUCAACUUUCUACCUCAUCAGCUCUCUCAGAGGCUUAUGAAAGGAUUAAAGAACGGCAAAGGAAAUUGCAAGUUCUGAGAGAAGCAAUGGUUAUGGAUGAACCCACAGGAUUACAUUCUGCUCACCACAGUGAUAUAUACAGCACAGCAAGUGAAAGCACAUCUCUUGUUUCUUCUGACCCAGAUAAUCGACCAGUCCACAGAAAUGAUGAUAUUCGGAGAUACAGUUCUCAAACAGGAGAAGAUGAAUUCUUGGCAGAGUCAUACAUUUCAAAAAAGAGAUCCUCCAGCCUGUAUGAAAUUCCAGGGGACGAGAAUAUUGUGAGCCAGGAGCUAAUGCUGAAACGGCAGGAGGAAGAACUGAAGCAACUGCAAAACAAACUAAAUCGAAAACAGUUCCAGUCAGGAGUUCAUCAAGCUGACAUGGUUAAAGUAUCUAUGUUAGAUGUCACCAGGGAUCCCUUAAGAGAUGUAGCAGUAGAAACAUCCAUGACACAGAGAAAGUUGAAGAAUUUCUUUGGACCUGAGUUUGUUAAAAUGAUCAGUGAACCUUCUGUUGCACUUGAGCUUCCUGCUUCAAUUCUGACUAAGAGUGGAAAGGGGGAGGACAUUCGCCGUAAAGUCAACAUCAUGUUGCUAAGUGGACAGUGUUUGGAAUUGACCUGUGACACCAAGUCAACUUGCAAAGAUGUCUUUGAUAUGGUGGUUGCUCACAUUGGCCUGGUGGAACAUCAUUUCUUUUCCUUGGCAUAUUUAAAAGAGAAUGAAUUCUUCUUUGUUGCUCCUGACUGUAAAUUGUCCAAAGUGGCUCCUGAGGGAUGGAAAGAGGCAAAGAAAAAGAACAGACUUACUGUAAAUUUCAUCCUUUUUCUCAGAAUAAAAUUUUUUGUCGAAGAUGUUGGCUUAAUCCAACAUACACUGACCAGGCAUCAGUACUAUUUGCAGUUAAGGAGGGAUAUAUUGGAAGAGAGGUUGCACUGCAAUGAUGAAACGGCCAUGCUGCUUGCUUCAUUAGCUCUUCAGGCUGAAUUUGGAGACUACCAACCAGAGUUUCACGGGAUGAGUUAUUACAGACUUGAGCAUUAUUUACCAAUUGGAGUGAUAGAGUCUUUGGAGGAAUCUUACGUAAAGGAGGAGCUACCCAAAUUGCACAGCACAUAUAGCGGAGCGACAGAAGCAGAAUCUGAAUUUGAGUUUCUAAAGAUAUGUCAAAAGCUGUCUGAGUAUGGGGUGCUGUUCCAUCGGGUUCUUCCAGAAAAGAAAUCGUUAACAGGAAUCAAUCUGGGUAUUUGUGCUAAAGGUGUAAUGGUUUAUGAGAUUCAGAAUGGGCUCAAAACAGUAGUCCUUCGGUUUCCAUGGAGAGAUACCAAAAAAAUUGCCUUCACUAGAAAGAAGAUUACAUUACAGAACACUUCAGAUGGUAUAAAACAUCAGUUUCAGACAGAUAGCAGCAAAACCUGUCAGUAUCUCAUACAUCUGGCUUCAUCCCAACACAAAUUCCAACUGCAGAUGAGAGCACGAAAGAACAAUCAGGACCUACAGGAAAUUGAAAGUUUGUCUGUCAGCAACCUGAACUACAAUGGCGAUUCUGCAGGUUUAUUCUCCAUGGGCAGGGUGAAUAGUAGUAUUAGUCUUGCCGCCAGUGCACACAGCAGAUUAACUGAUCAGUCGCACUUAAUGCGUUCUGAACUCCUAAAACGCAUGUCUAGGUCGGAGGCAGCAUUGAACCAGUCCUUAUACGACAUCUCAAAAGACAAGAUAUAUCGUACUUUGUGGGACCAACAUCCUCCAAUCCUCAGCAAAUCUUCCUAUGAUCUUCGACAAGUUUCCGAGUCAAAACGAAGAAGUACGCCCAACUUUAGCUAUCAGUUGUUUCGUUCUUCAAAUCUCCUGGAAGGGGACACUGAACGUAAAGUAAAACAUUCAUGCCAUCGAUCAGAUACUGAGUCCAUAGUGGGAAGUGAGCGACGAAUUAAAAACAGUGUCAUCAAUCCAAAGAAGUCUCAAGCUGUCUUGCACAGAAGCCCUGCCCGAAGAAAUCCUGGGUCUGACUCUUCAUCAACUGAAGACUCCAACCAGGCAUAUGCAAUAGGGAUUAGCAUGCACAGUUCUGGGAUCCCAUCAACCCCUGCUACCUUGACAGCCAAUGAUACCCUUCAUCAGAAAUUUAGUGCCUUGCCCUCACCUGAGAGAGAGCUUAGAUGUAUAAGACUGAAGAAGGAUGUAAAACAUGGCUUGGGUUUUCAAAUUGUUGGUGGAGAAAAAACUGGCAAAUUGGAUUUAGGAAUUUUUGUCACUACAAUAAUGCCAGGAGGGCCAGCAGAGUUGGAUCACCGUUUAAAUCCAGGUGAUCGGCUGGUAUCUGUAAAUGGUAUCACUUUAGAAGGCAUCUCCCAUGACAGAGCGGUUGAAAUUUUACAAAAUGCCCCUGAAGAUGUGACUCUGGUGGUGUCUCAGCUGAAAGAGAAAUUUUACAGAGGAACUGAUUUUUCUUCAGGAACAAGGAACAAAUCUAGAAGCCCUUGUCGGAAUUUAGGAAGGCGGGAUUAUGAAGAAGUGUCAUCUUCAGAAGAACAUAAUGGAUCAUCUGGUCAUCAUCGAACUCUUCCUGUAAGAACUUCUGUUCCACCUGAGGAGAAACGAAGAGGAAGUACGAGCUCCCAGGACUCUAGAACUGAAAGUGCUGGGCUUUCACAAAGCCAAGUACAUGGUUUUUACAGAAAUCGAACUACCUCUAGAACACCACAGCGAGCUGAUUAUGAAGAAGUCUCUGCACUAAUGGAUUUGAGGCAGGACAUGAUUCAAAAUGUUUUGGACAGUGCAAGACCAUUAAACAGUACUAAUGUCGAAACACCUAAAGAGACAGAUUGCUCGGACCGAGGUGACUCUGACAUGGAUGAAGCAACGUAUUCUAGCAGUCAAGAGCAACAAAGUUCAAAAAAGGAUUCUGUAGCAGAUAAGGUGAAAAGAAGAGCUUUUCCUGAAGCUAAACAAAGCACUUUGCUAAAGCCGGGAGAUAUUUUUGAAGUGGAGUUGUCAAAAAUAGAGAACAGCUUGGGCAUUAGUGUCACGGUACUGUUUGGCAAGGGUGGUAUUAACACAAGUGUGAGACAUGGUGGGAUUUAUGUGAAAGGCAUUAUACCAGGAGGAGCAGCUGAAGCUGAUGGACGUAUUAAGAAAGGUGACCGCGUUCUUUCUGUGAAUGGAAUCUGUCUGGAAGGUGCAACUCAUAAGCAGGCUGUGGAGACUCUAAGGAGCACAGGACAAGUUGUCAAUCUGCUAGUGGAGAAGGGGCAGCUUCCUGCAGCCAGCGUUCAUGCUCCUGUCACACCACAGUGCACACCACCUUGUGCAGCCAAUCAAAGCACAUCAUGUGAAUCAGCUGAUAAACAAGAAGUAGUCCCAGAAAUCAUGUCCUCAAAUGCCAAAGAUUGUACUUCCAUCAAUGAUGGCGACAUAUUUAAAGUGAAGUUAAUAAAAAAUUCCUCUGGAUUGGGUUUUAGUUUUACUGAAGGCAGUGAUGGUUUUCCUGAACACAAUGGAAAUGCAGUAAAAAUAAAGAAACUGUUUGCUGGCCAGCCAGCGGCAGAGAGUGGGAAGAUUAAUGUUGGAGAUGUGAUAAUGCAGGUGAAUGACAUCUCUUUGAAAGGGCUGUCAAAACAGGAAAUAGUGUCUGUUCUCAGGCGGACAUCUCAGGAGGUCACUCUGUUACUUUACAGGCCCAAAUCUGGUGUGUCAGCAGAUAUUGGUUCCCCUUUGAGUGUACGUGAUUCCCAGACAAAUGAGGCUUACAGAAGUAAAUUACAGAAACCGAGCUUGGACAACUUGCUGAUAUCUGGAAAGAUGAAUACCAGUAUUGUGGAUGAAGAAGAUAAAGAAGUUGAAAGGGAAGUUCAAAAUCCAAGGUUGAAGUCUCCUCCAAGAGAUAGCUAUCGGGACUGCUCAAAUGCUGAUGAUGUGGACAAGUGUCCCAUAUUGAAAGAUCAUGUCGCCAAGUGUUCCAUGUUAAAAGAUGAGUUCAUUAACAAAAAAAUGACCACCAUUAGUCAAAUGCCUGUGAAUGCAACGUCUUUGUCGAGCAGCCAGUACAAAAUGCCAUCCCGCCAGGAAGAAACCUUUCAAAAUAUUUACUUUUCUCCACCAGAAUCUUCUAGACAUGAGCUAAUUAACAGAAAGUUACCUUCACCAAUGCUUCUCGACCAUGCACCACAGCAAGGCUUUAAACUUCAACCUGUGGUUCCAUCUCCUACUCCAGUAGAUGAGAACUGCAUUAGUUGCAGUUCAGCAUCUGAGAUGGAUUCUUCAAUCUCCGAUACAAUAGCCAUUCCAGCACAACAUCAGGACAGCAAGAACCUUGAAGAGGAAGAUUCUGAGUUACAGCCAGAAGUGGAAUUGCAUGUUACUUUGAAGAAAUCAGAAAAAGGGAGUCUGGGUUUCACUGUGACAAAAGGAGACACUAACAUUGGUAGCUACAUACAUGAUAUUAUCCAGGACCCUGCAAAAAGUGACGGAAGGCUAAGACCUGGUGACAGGUUGAUAAUGGUGAAUGGUGUUGACAUCACCAGUAUGAGCCAUGCAGAAGCAGUGGAUUUUCUUCGAUCUAUCCCAGAUACAGUCACUCUAGUAAUUGGACGGGUUCUAGAAAUACCAGAGUUUCCAAUGAAGCCACAUUCGCUCCCAGAUAUCACACUGAUGUGGCACAAGCAUGAACUAGGCUUAUCUGUGGCAGGAGGCAGUGAUACUGCAUGCCAAUCAAUCUAUAUCAGUGACAUUAGUCCAGGUUCAGUUGCUGAUAAAGAAGGUAGUCUGCAACCAUUGGAUAUUAUCCAUCAUAUUAAUGGUGUUAGCACACACGGAAUGACAACAAAUGAGGCAAGGAGAACUCUUCAAAAUGCAGGUCCUACUGUUACUUUAAAAGUCACAAGAGAUGGAGAGCCUGUAUUUGCAAAAGCAAUGGAGUGUUCUGUUCAGAGCAAUGACAAGUGCUUAAAACUUAAUGAAUCUGUUGAAGUUAAUGGAGAUAUAUAUGGAAACAAACAAAAUGAAUGUGAUCAAGUAUCUUCUUUAGAGGUACCAGAGAAUAAUGUGAUACACUUUGAGCUACAGAAGCCUAUCACAGGAGGAUUAGGGUUCUCCUUAGUGGGUGGCGAAAAUGGUUCUUUUGUAAAGAGUGUUCAUCCUGGUGGUGCAGCUGAUGUGGAUGGAAGGUUGCAAGUUGGUGACCAGUUACUUAAGGUAAAUGGGGAAUGUGUAGUUGGAAUGUCCCACACUAAAGCAGUGACAACAAUCCGCAAAGCCAAAGGAUUAGUGAAUUUAACUGUCUCCAGAGCAAAAUCCUCCAGUGAAAUGGGAAGUGCAACCAAAGAUGCUGAUUCUACAGAUUCUUUCUCCAAAGUGCAGCACCAUGCAGGCAUCUCUGACCAAGAAGCUGAAGUCCUGAAGUCUUUAAGUGAUGUUGUACAGCAGGAAGUCAAUAAAUAUUUUUCUUUUAAUCCAACAAACUCAACACCAAAAGACACUCCAGGGAAAGGUACACAUUUUGUGAAGACACCUGAUACUGUUGAAUAUAUAGGUGAACUGAAGGAAGAAGAAAUGUCUGCUAAAUCUGAGGAUACAGAUUAUGAAGGUUUAUCAUUGCCUGAAGAUUCCCCUGAGCAACCCAGAAAGAAUGAUUAUCAUUUAUCAACCAGCAUAGAGAAAACAAUUCAAGAGGUCUCUGUUGAAGAUGCAUCUGAAAGGGUCUCCAGCCAAACACACAUGGAGAAUACAGGGAAGGGUGAGGUUGCCUGGAGGAGUGAGGAACUUCCAGUUGAUACUUUGCAACAAGAUGUUUCAUCAAUAGAUGAAUGGCCAAUAACUAAAGAGAAGCUUGCUACGCUUUCUGUUGUAAAGGUGCCCCUUGCAAGUCAGUACACAGGCUCCAAACUGGAUGCCAUUGUUAAAACAUUACACAGAUUGCUAGAUCAGCAGAUUCCAUCACAGGAGUUUGAGCAUCUACAAGAUCUGAAACCAUUGGAUGAAUGUUUAAUUGGACAAACAAAAGAUAAUCGGAGGAAAAACAGAUAUAAAAACAUCCUGCCAUAUGAUGGCACACGGGUUCCUAUUGGAGAAGAGCAUGGAUACAUUAAUGCCAGCUUUAUAAAAAUACCAGUGGAUAAGCAUGACUACACAUAUAUUGCAUGUCAAGGACCUCUACCUCAUACACUGGCAGAUUUUUGGCAGAUGGUUUGGGAACAAGAGUCGAACAUCAUUGCCAUGAUGACUCUCGAAGUCGAAGGAGGCAAAGUCAAAUGUCAAAGAUAUUGGCCAGAACAUCAGGGAAAAUCAAUAAUAAUUAACAACAAGAUUAAGAUAAUCCUUCAACGUUGUCAGUCACUGGAAGAAUUUAUUAUUCGAAAAAUUGAGAUGAUUAACCUACAGAGUGGCGAGUCACGACAAGUAACGCAUUUGAACUUUACCGCCUGGCCAGACCAUGGAACCCCAGACAAACCAGAACAAUUAGUUGCCUUUCUCAGCUACUUGAGACAUAUCAAACGUACUGGCUCCUUAAUUGUCCACUGUAGUGCAGGAAUUGGUCGUUCAGGGACACUCAUUUGUCUAGAUACAGUAUUGACAUUGAUCAGCAAAGGACUUGAUUUUGACAUUUCUCACAUUGUUGAAACUAUGAGAUGCCAACGAUAUGGGAUGAUCCAGACUGAGGCUCAGUAUAUAUUCUGCUAUCAAGUCAUCCUAUAUAUUCUGACACAACUUCAACUGAAGGAGAAAGAAACAGCAAAGGCACAAUGAACACUUUCAAAUGGUUUGUAACUAGAACAGGACUGCAAAUGUGUUGCUGGUCAAAGCACAG